AUGGAGUAUGCGUUUAAGGCUGUGAAGGCUGCCGGAAUCACUUCUAUUGGUGUGCGUGGAAAAGACUCAGUUUGUGUUGUUACUCAGAAGAAAGUCCCCGACAAGUUAUUGGAUCAGACAAGUGUGUCCCAUUUGUUCCCAGUUACCAAGUAUCUCGGACUGUUAACUACCGGCAUGACAGCUGAUGCAAGAACCUUGGUCCAACAAGCUCGAAAUGAAGCUGCUGAAUUCCGUUUUAACUAUGGAUAUGAGAUGCCGGUGGAUGUACUGGCUAGAUGGAUUGCAGACAAGUCUCAGGUAUAUACACAGAAUGCCUAUAUGAGACCCCUCGGAGUAGUUGCUAUGAUUUUGGGAAUCGAUGAGGAGAAGGGACCUCAGCUGUUCAAAUGUGACCCUGCUGGUCAUUUUUUUGGUCAUAAGGCUACAAGUGCUGGAUCUAAAGAGCAAGAGGCAAUUAAUUUCUUGGAGAAGAAAAUGAAAAGCAACCCUGCUUUUUCGUAUGAGGAAAUGUUCAGACUGCAAUAUCUGCUCUUCAAUCUGUUCUACAAGAAGAUUUCAAGGCCAGCGAGAUCGAGGUUGGUGUUGUUGGGAAAGAAAAUCCGUCCUUAAGAGUAUUGUCAACCGAAGAAAUCGAUGAGCACUUAACAGCCAUCAGUGAACGUGAUUGAUUGCCAUUGAAUACCGUCCGAUUCAUUAGAUAUGUAUGAUUUGCAUAAAUUAUUUUAGGAUCCUGUUGUUACGGCUGGCGUUGAAGUAGAUGGAAUCCCUUCAUAUACGCUCAUACCUGUUCCAAAUUAUUGUUCCAUUGUAACUUUUCGUGGUGUCAUCUUAGUUUCAUAAAUUGUUUGAAUGCAACUGUCUGGAAUUAUUAUGGAUCAUUUUCUCUUGCA